UCUUGCACCAUGGAACAUGGAACUCUUGCACCAUAACACUUGCUCUUACUGCAGUCCGUCCACAUUUGUUCUGCUUCGUUGGUGUCCUAAUGUUCAGUUUCAGCAAACGGUGUCGGUUCGGAGUACAAUAACUUCCUUGCGCGUGCGAAUCUGCAUCAGAAUAAAAAACCAUAAGUUGGCACAAUAUUACACAAAGAAAGUGAACAAUUAAGUACUUAGGUUUUUUGUAAUGGCGGCAACUGAAGCGAAGGUAACAACUGAGAAUUCAAAGGUAGAUCUCUUUGAAGAUGAUGAUGAAUUUGAAGAAUUUGAAACUAAUCAAGAUUGGGAUGACAAAGAAGAAGGGAAUGAGGUAAUUGAACAGUGGGAAGAUGACUGGGAUGAUGAUGAUGUGAGUGAUGAUUUCUCUCUACAGCUGAGGAGGGAAUUGGAGAGCAAUGCUGUGAAGAGUUAAGUCUUAUCAACAUCCUGCAUUAUCUUUUUAUUGCUGGUUAUUUGCUGUAACAAAUUACUUUAGCAUAUGUACAUCGUUUACCAAUGUUUUCAGACAUAGAAACUACUGAUUUUCCAGCUAGUUCUUUGUUUUUUUUUGCGAACCUAAUCAGAGCUUCAAUGUGUGAAUCCUUUGACUUAAAACUUUUAGGUAUUUAGUUGAUUACAUCAUUUUAAGUGCCUAA